AUGACCAGAACAAAGUGGACAGCAGAGCUGGACAAGUAUCCAGAUCCAGCUGCUGCUGCUAAGCUCACAGAGAAGAGCCCCGCUGACAGCAGCAAGGGGGGCACAGGGAUCAUGUCCCCCAAAAGUCAGGGGAGGGCAGGCACAGCAUCCCCAUACAAUCUGGCUCCGGCUCCCUUCGGCCUCAACCAGAACCACGUGGUGUGUCUGCCUCUGGUCUCCGAGCACCUGAAGUUCCUGUGGGCGUGCUCAGACCAGACCCAGGAACUGGACGGCGUGACUUAUCUCAUAGAGGCCUUCAACGUGUUCCCAUACCCGACCCUGGGGGAGACGGCAUCGCUCGCCCAGAGCUGCUCUCUGCAUCUGGACCAGGUCAGAGUGUGGUUCAUGGUCCAGCGGCUCCGCUAUGGGAUCAGCUGGGAUGCAGAAGAGAUCUGUAUGGCACGGUGCAAGAUGUGCGGACCAAACCAGGUGAAGGAGAAGGACAAAAAAGAGAAAGAGGAGAAGGUAUUGCCUCCCCUCAGUAAGGAGGAUGAUGGGAGAAACAGGAUCGAACAUUCACCUGUCUCCACCUCGAAUCAGCUUAACAGCCUGUCCUUCGAGUCCUCCUCACCCGUUCCUCGAAAAAGCCAUAAACACCACCUUGUUGUUGCACCCAAUAACUCCAAUCUGCAACACCCUUCUCCUCCACUCCCUGUGUGCUUAGUGGCGCCCCCCACAACCACAGGGCAAACCCUCGAAGCCCCCGACAAACCCCAGAGGCACUGUCAGGAUUUUCACUCAGAACUGUGGCGGAGCUUCGGCCGUAACACAAAUCCUCCGAAGGAGGAGCUCCAGCGUCUGCAGGCCCUCACCAGGCUCCACAUGAAGUACAUCCGCAAGUGGUUCUGCAACCGGCGUUUCUUGCUCCACCACCGCGUCAAGGCCGACCCAGAGUCUGAAGAGAACGGCCAGCCACAGCCCAACGACCUCCUGUCCUCACAGACACAGCUUAUUCAGCGUCUGACACAACCACCACCGCCAACUGACAGCAGGGUCAGAUCAUCACCGGCGAAGAAAAGGGUCUGUCAAGUAGAUGAUGUCGACUUCCUAAGCAGGAGCCGCAAUGGUAACCCUGUCCAUGGCAACCCCGCUAACACCCCCCACCAGAUUAGGUCAAACUUGAAGGUGAAGGAAAAAGAGAAAGAACCAGCGGACGUACAGAAGAAGAAGAAGACGGGAGCAGCAGACAAAGAGAAAACGGCCAGAGCUGGAGCUAAGAGAUGGACAAAGAACAUCAAGAAGGAACUGAAGGAGGAGCGGAAAGCGGUGGGGAUCACCAAAUUCAUCGAUGACGACGGAGAAGAACAAGUUCUCAAAAUGGGCCCGUGGCCGAAGAACAAGACAAUAGCCCAGCUGGAGCUCCUGAGACACUUCUUCCUCACCUGCCAGUGGCCCACCAAAGGGGACUACACGCAGCUGCAGCAGCAGACAGGCCUCUCGCGGAAGGCUCUCACCCAGUGGUUCGGAGACACCCGCUACUACGUCAAGAAGGGCAUGGAACGCUGGAUGAGUGGGGAAGAGCACCGGGAGGUCCUGGCGCAGAUUAGGGGGAAGCAGAGGCAACGGCAGAGGGACUGGUUGAUGACUGAGGAAACCGGUCCAUCAGGGUCCUCCUCCGUGCAGUCUUCUGCUUACCGUGACUCAUAGUGCUAAUGGGGAGGCUGGCAGGGAGGAGGAUGGAGCUGGGACUUUGAGACCUAUGAAUGGCGUGAAGCUGGAGUGACAGCUGGGACAGACUUGGGGUACUCAAUAGUAUAAAAAGGAUUCUUCUCCUUUGUGCUCUCUCCUCUAGGACCACUGAUCCAGCAUGGCCUAACAGGUGAAAUGUUAUUUGUUGAAACUUGAAAUCUGAAACUCACCUGUCUGCAGUGAUGGAAAAAGAAGCUGAGUAUUGAGUCACACCCCUGCUGUAAUGCUGGAGAGGCCUGGAGGGUGCUGAAAAGGGCUACAUAUUAGGAAUUGUCACAAAUGAGGCAGCAUUCUGUUUUUAUGUUACAAGUUGUUGAUUAUGUUUAUGAUGUUCUAGUCUACUUUAGUUGUAGCACUAUUGAAACUGGCACUUCCUGUUCAGUUAUUCAUUCAAAUGGCAAUUCAUAUUUCAAGUUCCAUCACGAUUUUAUGCUGGGAUGUUUCUAUGACAUUGCAUUGAUGUUCCUUGUUUGAUAUGUUCAGAGUGUAAAGAAUUAGGGAAACUACCAGACCUGCGACAACCUAUGUCCUUGGGUGCGUCCCAAUAAUCUCUCCUUCCUCCUGAAGUGUGCACUUGCGCAUUCAUUUCUCCCCAUAAAGUUAAAAUCAUUGGAGUGAUGUAGACAUGGGCUAGGGGGGAGUCCAUUAAGGGAAUUGAACAAGUGCACACUUUGGGAGAACAGAGAUUAUUGGGACAUAGCAUAAGGUGUGGUCUUAUUGGUAGUAAGA